AAAGACGAGGGGCCCGAGCAGGUAAACACUCACUCCUCCUCGAGACGCCGGUAUCCUGAGUUUCACCGGGGUGGCCAUGACGAGAGUCAGGGAAAUGCUCAGUUUGGCCCGGGUGCCCUCUAUCCUCGUACUCGGCGUGGUUUACGUGACCUACGUGCUGAUCGGCGGCGUGAUUUUCUGGAAGUUGGAGGGCGAUCUCGGUCAGAAGGACAUCGGCCGUUUACUCACGAGCAAAAAGAACCUGCUCACGACGUACACCUGUCUGAACCAAGACGGCCUGGAGGCGGUGGCUCAGGUUGUUCAAGAUGUAUCAAAGGUGGGCCUGAGUUUGAAAGGCAACCACACCACGGACGGCUUCUGGAAAUUCACCAGCUCCGCUGUGUUUGCUGCAACCGUGGUCACAACUAUAGGUUAUGGGAACAUGAGUCCCAGCUCUACGGCUGGACAGAUCUUCUGUGUGUUCUUCGCACUAUUUGGUAUCCCGCUCAACAUGGUGGUGCUCAACAGGGUGGGCAAGUACAUGCUUGUCAUGGAGAGGAACAUCUCUGACUUCCUCGAGGGGAAGACUGGGCGAAGGAAGUGUACCCGCUUCUUCGUCCACCUGGUGUCGUACUUGUCUGGAGCAGUGCUCUUCUUCAUCGGGCCCAUGAUUGUGUUCCAACUGCGCGAGGGCUGGACCUACUCCCAGGCUAUGUACUACUGCUUCAUCACCCUCAGCACCAUCGGCUUUGGAGACUUUGUUGCAGACAGUAAUCCAGACAAAGAGUACCCGGACUGGUACAGCGUCCUCAUGGCCUCAUGGAUCUUCUUCGGCCUGGCCUGGCUGGCCCUGCUCAUCAAUCACUCCAUCGACAUCCUGGAGCGGCUCAACACCCACUUCAAGCAGCGCUGCGGUGGGCAAAGGCAGGAGGGAGAGACUGGCGGCACGGAGCGGGACAACCCUGACACACAGGCGGACGAGGAGGAGAUCAAGACGCCUCCGAUUGCACAGUAAUCGCCCAAACGAGGGGAACCUUUCAGCGCGAGUUCACCCCGACAUAUUGACUCAUUUUUGUUGAGACAGGUUUUUUUGGUUUUGACGGCUCGCAACAUCCACGCUGCUGUUUCGUCACGUAGCACUUUGUUUCCCAAGUGAUUCUUGUUUAUCUACCUGGUUAAAGAAAAGAAACAACUUUAGAGAUUAGUCUAAGGAAGGAAGCCCCCUGUAUCUGUCUAUGGAUCAGUGGUCAGUGGAAAACUGCGGUCAGUCUGUCUGUUGCUCUUUGGCCUCCUGGUGUGUUGCUCCCCCACACAGACCAUAAAUCCACCUGGCAACAUAGCUGUGAUUUGCAGUUUACGUGCAAAUCAUAGCUUUGCAGUGCAUUAGGAACGAGAUGUCUUCAAUCAAAAUCACAGUCAAUAAAAGAUUGCAUGUAAAUAAUCUGAUCUGUUUUUUCUUUAAUUUAUUUAAAACAGUACUUCCAAAUAGACAUUUCGAAACUUUUGAUAUUUGAGUAACUUUGACUCAAGGUAAAAGGGCUGAAAUGCCUCACAUUUAUUUUAUUUCAUUCAUUUUAAAGCUGCUAUUAAUUUAUCAGCAAAAAUGGAACGUCAUUUUUUUUUUUCAUUAGAUUAUAAUCACCUGAAACUAAGAAUUGUGUUUUCGUUAACUUAGAAAGAGACCGCUUUCUAUGGGGAACAGGUCCUGUUGGGCCCUCUUCCACUGAGUCCUACAUGUUGCACCACUAUGUUUCUUCAGUAGCCGAAAAUGGACAAAACAAACACUGGCCAGAGAGAGGGCCUUUCACAUUUUUAUGCUUGUACGGGGAGGGUGAUGCGAAGGGUUUUGAGUUGGUUGAUACAUGCAACUGCACUGCUAGGUGUCACUACACACUGGUCCUUUAGGUGCUGUUAAACACUAGUUGCUAACCACACUUUCAACCAUAGACUGUGUAUAGAAAUGGAUGUAGUCACCAGGUCCGGAGAGUGAAGUCAAUGCGGAAUCGCCUGAAACCUGUAUUUUCUCGAAUAACCAGCAGAGGGCGACUCCAUUAAUUGCAAAGAGAAGUCUAUGAGAAAAUGAUUCUCACU